AUGCGUAUCUCACAAUGGAGCAAUUUCCUCAGCCUACCAGUUGCUCUGCGCCUUGCAUGUGCGGAAGCAGCUUCUCCAGACCAGCUCGAUUCCCCGGUCUACGAUAGUGCACUUGACGGUGAUCAGAAAGUCUUCUCGAGCUUAUGUCCCGACUACACAGACUAUGCUCGACAUAAACACAAGCCCCUCAGUCAAGGCCCCCUCCAACUACCCUACCAGCGACCACAUCCCAACUGUCGCAAGUUCAGCUCUCCAGCAGCCGAGAGAGUAAUAGAUGAUCUUUUCCCACAUUUCAAAGACCCAGACCUGGCGCAGAUCUUCCGCAAUGCGUUCCCAAAUACUCUCGACACGACCGUACUGUGGCACGUUGACGGCCUCAACUCACAGAUACCUCCGCCACGAAUGUACACCCGAGACAGGGAUAAAUGGAAAAAGGACCGAGCAUAUUCAUUCAUCGUCACCGGCGACAUCAACGCCGAGUGGCUGCGUGACUCGACGAACCAGCUCACGCAGUAUCAGGCCCUUGCGAAGUCUGCUCCAGACAUCAAGAAUCUCCUCCUCGGGGCUAUCAAUGUGCAGGCCGAGUUUAUCAUCGCCUCGCCCUACUGCAACGCCUUCCAACCACCCGACCCCUCGCGCCUCCCACCAGUCCAUUCCGGCAUGGACGAUACUGUCCACCCGGCCUACGAGCCCAGCGUGGUGUUCGAAUGCAAGUAUGAGCUUGACAGCCUCGCGAACUUCUUGUCGUUAGGGAACCAAUACCACGCCGCGACUGGGGCCCUCGACUUCCUCACGCCAUCCUGGUACAAGGCACUGGAUCAAGUGCUCCGUGUGAUUGAAGCGCAGUCGACACCUACAUUCGACCGCGAGACAGGAAAUUUCGAGACCAACGAGUACACGUUCUCGCGGUCCACUCGAACAGGCACCGAGACGUUGAAUCUCAACGGCAUUGGCAACCCGCUCGCAGGCAGGACCGGGCUCAUCCGCUCAGCGUUUCGCCCUUCCGACGACGCGACGACCUUCGGCUUCCUCAUCCCCAGCAACGCAAUGAUGUCCGUAGAGCUUGGCCGCACCGCCGACGUUCUCACCCACGCCGCCAAAUCCCCCACGACGUCCGAAUCCGACGCGAACUUCCUCGUCCAAGUCGCCGCGGACCUCCGGCGCCGCUCCGAAGUCAUCCGCGAAGGCAUCUACAACUACGCCGUGGUGAAACACGCGGAGUUCGGCGAUGUCUUCGCUUUUGAAGUCGACGGCUACGGCAGCAACCUCCUCAUGGACGACGCGAACGUGCCGAGCCUGUUGUCCCUACCGCUGCUCGGCUUCGUGCCCGCCGACGACCGCAUCUACCAGAACACGCGGCGCAUGGUGCUCACGCAGCGCGGGAACCCGUAUUAUCUGUCUGGCCCCAAGUUUCACGGCAUCGGCGGCCCGCAUAUCGGGCUGAAGAAUGCCUGGCCCAUGAGUGUGCUCGUGCAGGCCAUGACGAGUGAUAGCGACGAGGAGAUAUUGGAUUGUCUGGAGCGGGUCAAGAAUGUCAGUGUCUUUGGGUUGAUCAAUGAGAGUGUGGAUGUUUAUCGCGGCGUGGGCAGUACCGGGGACGGAAUGACGAGGAGUUGGUUCGCUUGGGCGAACAGUGUUUUCGCGAGGACCCUGUUGUGGCUCGCGGAGGAGAAGCCCAGGUUGGUCCUGAGCAAGAAAGGGAAGUAUGUGGUUGGGAGUGGAUGGGAGGCGUAG